CCGCGGGCUCGACAGUCAGCUGUUGGUAAGUGCAGCGCGCUAACUCACGGUCUUCAUUUCUUUCAUUACCGGUGUUCUCAUUAAUUUGUUUUAUCGCAGUGAUCAUGGCCACCUACGCUGCUUACAGGCACAUCGAAUUGGACAAAGUUGGCUACAGCAAAAAAAGAGUCCGUAACCCAUCCAGCGAAAUCUUCCAAGUACUGUGCACUCCUCCAACGCCGAAACAAAAUGGUUCCAUGAAUGGUACUUCUUCCCCACGACGUGGAUCACGUGGUUCAGAUUCGUUUACAAGGCUAUUCGGACAAGAAAAUUCAAAAACUCCACCACGUAGAGCUUCCCUCACCAAACAAGACGUCAAAAACCGUAAUCCUGUAACUGGGGAUGGUGUCGACACUUGGGACUCCACACCAAACAGAAGGAAUACUCCAAGAGUACGCAAAGAAAGGAACCCAGUAACCGGAGAAGAGUACACAAUCAUAAGUCCAGCAGUAACGCCAACAAAAUCCCCCCAAAAUGGCUUCGCAUACACAAAUGGCAAUUCCAACUCCUUCACAAACGGAAAUCACACGAAUGGAGAAGCCUAAAUUCGAGAAUAGAAAUGCCACACUUCCUGUAAUCACCCAGUAAUAAUAGAUCAUCCCUGUAUUGCUGAUCAGCAGUAUUAAUGGAGCUGAUUCCUAUAGUUUCCAUUGAAAUCGAAAAUUUUUUGGACGAUUAUCAUUCUUUUCAACAUAGAAUCAGCUCCUCGUUGCACCUUCCAUUCAUUUUAUUGAAAAUAACUCUCAUAAUCUCAUUUUAUUCAUAUUGUUCAUCAUCACCAUAACGUGAAAAACUUAAAUAUAUAGAAUAUAUUAUAUAUUAUCAAGUGAAAACUUUCAUCCAUUGGAAAGCACUAUCAAAUAUUGAAAAAAAAAUCGAUGAAAAUAUUUCUCGUAGUGCUUUUGAAAAGUCCGUUCUGUCCCUAAAAGUGCCUAAUCCUUCAUUGUCCCUUUUGAACAUUUGAUGAUAGUUUUCUAAAGUUAUCAUUCAUUCAUUAUCACUUACCACAUUUUUUAGACUUCUAUUUAUAUUGAAUCUUUAUAGUGAUGUAGUUUUAUAGCAGUUACUUUCAAUAGCAUUUAAAUUAUCAAAUUUUAUUUAUGUUGUGCAUUCAAAUAAUGUAGAAAUAAAUUUUAUACUAUA